CUCGCAAAGCAUGCAGAGCCAUCCAAGCAAACCACAUAAAACUACACCCAGGAAUCGUAAGGUAUAGCAACAAAUGGCAGCUCAGGCUCAUUCCAUUGUAGUUCCCACUGACGCCGAGCUGCUGCAGGCACAGGCCGACCUAUGGCGCCACAGCCUCUACUACCUCAAAUCCAUGGCACUGAAGUGUGCUGUGGAGCUUGGCAUCCCCACAGCCAUCCACCGCCUAGGCGGCGCCGCCACACUGCCUGACCUGGUCACCGCGCUAUCACUUCCCGCGGCUAAGCUUCAAUUCCUUGGCCGCCUCAUGCGGCUGUUGGCAUCGUCUGGCGUCUUCGCCAUGGUUGAGGACACCUACUCGCUCACCCCCCUGUCCUACCUCUUGGUGGAUGGCAUCGCUGCAGAUGGGCACAUCAACCAUGCACCUUUCCUGCUCACUGUGACCUCGACCCACUAUAUUGACUUGGCAAUGGGGCUAGCCGCCUGGCUCAAGAAGGAAGACAAGACACCACCUUUUGAUCAUGUGCAUGGAGCAUCACUGUUCGAGGAGAGUAUGGAGCGGUUGCAUCCAGAGUUCCAUAAGAUGGCAAUCAAAGGUUUGGUAGUCCACGACAACUUUGGGGUCGACAUUGCGUUGCGAGAAUUCCGUGAAAUAUUCCAGGGGAUAAAGUCAUUGACAGAUUGCUGCUACCAUGGGGAUGGCACGACGGCGAAGGCCAUUGUGAAGGCCUUCCCACACAUAAAGGUCACCGUGCUGGACCUUCCAUACGAGGUUCGCAAAAUACCGGCUGAUGGUGUCGUUAACUAUGUUGGAGGUGACAUGUUCAAGUUCAUCCCACCUGCUCAAGUUGUGAUACUCAAGAUGGUGCUGCACCACUGGAGUGAUGAGGACUGCGUGAAGAUCCUUGCCAAUUGCAAGAAGGCAGUACCUUCACGAGAAGAUGGAGGAAAAGUUCUGAUCCGAGAUAUAGUUCUCGACCCUGCCUCCGGGCCAAUGUUUGAAACCCAACUCUUAAUGGACAUCGGCAUGAUGCUCAUAAAAGGAGGCCGGCAACGGGACUUAAAUGACUGGCGUGACAUCUUCAUCAAAGCAGGGUUCAGUGACUAUAAGUUGAUCAAGAAAUUUGGAGCUCGAGGUGUCUUGGAGGUCUAUCCGUAAGUUUUCUCCUAGACAUUCUGGUAUUGUGGUUUGCUACGAUAAAA